UAGGGUUUUGGCGUCUUUUCCUCUCCACGUCCUGCAGCGCGCUCGUGCUCUCGCUAAGCCCCGGCCUCCUCCCGCCGCCGCUGUAGCUAUGGUGGGGUGCGAGGGUGCGGCCGCGGGGCACGAAGGCGGGGAGGCCGGGGCGUCGCCGAGGAGGGGCGAGGAGGACGGCGACGAGCUCGGGGAUGCGAGUGCGGAGUCGUGGAGCACGAGGUCGAUGGGGGCCACGCCGAGCUUCUCCGCGGCGCGCGCGACGGCAAGUAAACCCCAUCCUACAGGCACCCCUCCGGUCCGCGCGAUCGGCCCGUCGUCGGCGUCCGCACCGGCCGCGAUUACAGCGCACAACGCGGUCCACAAGGACGAACUGCAGCUGCCGAACUUUGUGGAUAAGGAGGAGUACAGGCAGACUAUGACAGACAUCCAAAAAAAAAUGGAUGUAUUGAAAAACUUUAUGAAGCAGGCCAACAAGGAGGGGCAGGCCAACAAGGAGGGGCAGGACCUCACCGGCAAGAUUGGGGAAGGAGGCACAGGAGGCGCUGAUGUGGUGCAGCCAAAGGUUAACUGCCCACACUACACUGACAAGGAUGCUUCCCGCUUGAAGACCAAUUGGACGGAUAUAUGGUCUUUCAAAGGUGCUACCUUGUGUGAGUCUUGCCAAAAAGAUGCCCGCACGGAAAGGAAGCAGACCGCGAAGAAGAAAAAGAGUCGCGCAACAGUCACUAAGGGACAAGCCAAUGACCAGGCAAUUUGGGUAUGCUUGCAUUGUGGAAGGAUGUUCUGCGGUGGUAGAGAUAAGGUGCCACAAGGCCAUAUCAGACCACACUAUCGGGAUAAUGGUCAUUUGUGGGCUGCAAGUCCUGAAGACCCAACUUCAAUCUACUGCUUCAAGUGUAAGAAGGAAGUCUCAAUCAGUUUUCUAGAUUUUAAGCUGAUGGAGACAAAACCAGAGGGGGGUAAGAUGGCAAUGAAGAAGGUGAUAAAAAAGUUGGAGGAUGUGCUGUCUCCUCCAUCAGAUCUGAUGGUGUCAUCACCUCCAGUAGAUCAGACGAUGCCGCAUGCUCCAUCAUGUUCUGAAGGGGGAUCUCACCAGGUGUUGGGUCCACUGGAUACUGACCUGAAGGUGACACCAUCUCCAGAUAUCAAAACAUCUGCUGACACUAAUACGGAACAGCUAAAAGUCUCACCACCUGGAGUGACUAGUAAAUCUGCUGCUGCUGAGGAGGGCCUGGUGAUCACAAAGGCACGUAAUAUCGUUAAAGGGCUGAAAAAUUAUGGUAAUACAUGCUAUUUCAAUGCAGUCAUUCAGAGUUUACUUGCACUUAGUAGCAUGCGUGCAAUAAUACUAAGGUCGGAUGUUCAAGCUGGCCAUCUUGCCAUGCAGUUAAGGGAACUGUUUCUGAUGACAGAAGCUUCAAGUAGAACAGCAGCUGAACUUAACAUUGGGAGGCUCCUACAUGCAUUUUUAGACAUCAACAGUCAAUUUGCAGACAAAAAAAUGCAGUGUAGUCAUGAUUGUUUCGUUUCUUUUCGUUGGUCUUUGCAUUGGGAGGAGGUUGAGGAAUGGAAGCGAGCGAAGGAUGCUUCAAUUGAAGAUCAUAUAACAAUACCAAACUUUAUUUUUAUAGGAACCCAAUGUUCAACUGUAACUGGUAAAGUGUGCAAGCACUCUUCUCCCAGUGGAGCGACCCCAUUUGGUGAACUGUUGCUAUCAGCUCCAUCAAAAUCUCUUGGAGAUAGAGAUGUGGUGGAUGGUCCAAUAUCACUUGAUGACUGCUUGAAAGCGUACUUUGGGCAAGUUCAUAUACCAAAAUGGGAAUGUACUGAGUGUAAUUCUGGAAGAAAAGAGACAGAACCUAUUGUCAGAGUAGAUGCUGAUAAAAGGUCUUGUAUAAUGAGGGCUCCAAUAGUUUUGACUAUUAGUUUGGGCAGAACAGUAGAUGUUGAUAAGAAGUUGUAUGGUCAUGUUAGCUUUCCGCUUGUUCUUGACAUGAGUGAAUUCUUGCACCCAAGAUCCGUGGACACCAGGAAUGCCAUGUACAAUUUGGUUGCUGUUAUUGAACACUCUGGAACCCCAGGUCUUGAUGGUCAUUACAUUUCAUAUACUAAAUCAGGCAGCACUUGGUUCCGUGCAAGUGAUGACAUAGUAGAACCAGUUCAUGAAACAGAAGUUCUGGCCUGUGAGGCAUUCUUACUCUUUUAUGAAAGAGUGGGAGACAUAGUACCUCCUCCUGCACUCUUAGUCAAAGAGGACCAAUGGACUUUUGUUGGCAAGAAGAAAAUGAAGAAGGCCAUGACUCCGCAGUUACCUGUACCAUCCCAACGACAUAAGUCUGUUGCGCGAGCAAAAACCUCGUCGAAAUUUGAGAAGCCUGAUAAGAAAUUGCAGACAACAGUUCCUCCAGCUUUUUACAAAUAUUCUCCCCAUGAUGGUGAUAGCACAACAUAUUUAGAUGUGGCAGCGAAAUUGCCGGAUGAGGAAGUCAUAGAACUUUUUCAGAAGUUCUUGAACACAAAUUAUCAAUGCUUGAAAGGGAUUCUCAGUGGUGACAGCUCAUUUCUACUUAAUGUUUCAUAUUGUGACAUUCUAAAGUACUCUCGACAUCUUGCUAUGACAUUGUGCAAAGACUACAGCAGGUUAACUAAGAAACUGGAGGCAGCUGCAAUAGAUUUCUUUAAGGAGUCCAAGGGAUCUGAUCCUAAGGUUAUUUUGAAAAUUCUUCAGCGUCCUCUAAGGCAUGAAACCUGGAUAGGCUAUCGAAUGCGUACAUGUAUUUUCGCAAAGCCUAUGGAAGUGUAUGGACACAACCGAUCCACAUUGCAAAAUUCUCCACCACAGUCUAAGAGUGUUAUUUACAAGCCUACAACAGAGGCUCUCUUGAUGCUAAAAGGCAUCUUAUGUGAUAUGAUUUCAAAGCAUAAGAAAGGUUUUUCUUGGGGUGGAAACUUUGACACUGAUGAUGUUGAUGUAUUCAACGGGAGGAUCUUCUUAAUCCGUAAAUCUCCAAACAAGUUCACAGACUUAGCUGAGCUGAUAAAAGCUAUGGAAGAGGACUUCCGCCAAUACACCAAAUUGUUCCUCUCAGAGCUUAUUGCAUUUGUGUCCAAUGGGGACAGGGACAUUCCCUAUCUUGGAAGCUUUAAUGACAUCUUGAGUAAAAUGGAGGAAUUUGCUAAGUAUUGGUUAGAUGAAAAGACAGCAGAAAGGUUCCGUGAAUUACUAAUAAAUCAUCCUUUCUUGAAACCUUCGAUAAUCAGAUCUUAUUUGCUAUCAGGCAUCUACACAGCAUGCCGUGCACAUGAUUUGUCAGAUUCUGAUGCUACAUUCAAAUCUACAUUGAAACUUGCUGGCGGCACAGUUAGUUGGAUUCGUCAAAUCAAGACUUUAGCAAAUACAGUCUGCACUGCUGUGUUAUGUUUUGAUCCAAGGACGGAUCACGGCAAGAAAGAAAAUGAUAAAGAUAAAAGGAGUGGUCAAGUUGUUGAAGACGACAAGGCUGAUGAGAUCUUUUCUGAAAAUCUAGAGUCUUUUGUCGAGUAUAUGAGACACACAUUUCACCACGGUCCUGAUCAUUCGAAAGAGAAGAGAAAACAAAUAGUGGAUUCUGAUGGUAAUUUUUAUGAUCCUGAGAACAAGCCACGAAAGCAAUACAUGCAAAGUCUCGAGGAAAGUGAGACUGGUGCUGCAGUGGCAGUUGCCGAAGUUGUUUGGGAUCUUCUGCUGCUACUUGUGGUGAAAGCAAACUGCAUCAGUGGGAUGCUUGUAGAUGUAUGGAAGGCUUACAAGGAUUACCCCAACAGCUCAGAUAUCAUUGGGGAGAGUGAAAUGGACGAGUGGCUUAGUAGCAUGCUACUAGGUGAUGAUGGUCAAGAGGGUGUGAAUGAAUAAGUUGCUGGCAAAAUCAACUAUCUCGAUAUGUUCCCUUCGCAUGCACGCUGGACUACUGAAUUUUGUUGUAUAUGUCGAUGGGGCGGUAUAUUGCAGAGUACAUUUUGAACCACUAUUGAUAUGGUUGAUCGAGGUGAAUUGAUAGGCCGUGUUUAUAAGUAUGGAUUUAUUUUGUGACUGGUUUUUGGUCGAUGUCA